AUGUCGAAUAUGCCCUGGUGUAUCAUCGGAGACUUCAAUGAUCUCUUGUCUCAAGAAGAUAAACACGGUUGUCAAUUUACGUGGGUCAAGAGUAGAGGUUCUGAGCAUAUGAUGGAAGAAAGACUUGACCAAGCUUUCGCAGCUCCCCAGUGGUUGAACUUAUUUCCUACUGUAUCUCUUACAAACCUUAUUGCCUCUCAUUUGGAUCAUAGUCCCAUUCUGCUUUCCUGUAAAACAGUGCAGACCUUACGUCGGGAUAUUAAGUUUCGGUUCAAAAAUAGUUGGCUGCAGGAGAAUGAUAUUGGUUCAGUAAUUCAGUCGGGCUGGAGGUAUGGAGAUGACAACAUAGUUGUGGACCAUCUUUCCUCAUAUGCAGAGAGUCUUGAGGUUUGGAGUAGGCGGAAGCGUAACAGCAGGAAGGAAGAUCUUGGGAAAAACUUAGAAGUUAUGGAAAUGUUUCGAGAGGGGCGUGAUAAGUAUUCGUCGGAUAGAUUCUUUAAGGCUCGAACUGAAUAUAAUCAAGCUCUUAUUAGGGAAGAUGCCUACUGGAAGCAACAGGCUAAAAUGCAUUGGUUACGAGAUGGAGAUAUGAACACGAAUGGUGUUUACGAACCGGUGCUUAGAUUUGUUAAUUACAUAACUGAUAAUAAUGAUAACCAUCAGUUACUACAGCCGCUAACUAGGGAGGAACUUCGCACUGCUCUCUUUGCUAUGCAUCCUGAUAAAUCUUCGGGGCCGGACGGAUUUAAUCCUGCGUUUUUUCAGAACUUCUGGGAAGGGUGUGGGAAUGAUAUUUUUGAAGCGGCAUCGGCUUGGAUAGAGCAUGGUUUCUUUCCUCCUUCUAUUAACGACACUAAUAUCUGCCUGAUCCCUAAAGGGGUUAAUUUUAAGUCUAUGAAGGAUUUCAGACCCAUUUCUCUGUGUAACAUGGUAUAUAAAGUUGUCUCUAAAGCCUUCGUGAAUAGACUGGAUAUUUUAUUGGAUAAAUGUGUGUUUGAGGAACAACCUGCGUUUGUAGAAGGAAGAUCUAAUCUUAAUAAUGCCAUGAUUUCAACUGAAGUUAUCCACACCUUAAAAAGAAGGACGAAAGGUAAUAAAGUGCAUCUGGCACUUAAGAUUGAUAUCAGUAAGGCUUAUGAUCGAGUGGAUUGGGGAUUUCUGAGAGGUGUGUUGGCUAAAAUGGGAUUCUUGACAAAUGGAUACAUUGGAUGA